CACCCGCUCACCAGCUCGGUUACUGCUAGCUCCGGCUGCCGCCGCCGCCGCCGCCGACGCCACCACCACCGCUUCCUCUGCUGCGGGGCCACAGCCUUGAGUGUCAUUCAAGGGACAGCACAACCUCACCCAAGCUCUCCUACCUCUGCCCAGCCGUCCCUCUCAUCCUCCCCCUUCCUCGUCCACACUCCAUCCAAAGAAGAGGGAAAGCACCGAAUAGAGGGGGGAGAAGGCAAAGUCUGCUGUUCUUCCCCCUGGGCCCCCUUGCUCCUCCAUCCUCAUUCUCUCACCACCAACCCCCCAACCCCAAGGAGCCCCAGGAACUGAGGCGACUCACCCCACUGCCAUGUCCAAAAGCUUGAAAAAGAAAAGCCACUGGACUAGCAAAGUCCAUGAGAGUGUCAUUGGCAGGAACCCGGAGGGCCAGCUGGGCUUUGAACUGAAGGGGGGCGCCGAGAAUGGACAGUUCCCCUACCUGGGGGAGGUGAAGCCCGGAAAGGUGGCCUAUGAGAGCGGCAGUAAGUUGGUGUCGGAGGAGCUGCUGCUGGAGGUGAACGAGACCCCCGUGGCGGGGCUCACCAUCAGGGACGUGCUGGCCGUGAUCAAACACUGCAAGGACCCCCUCCGGCUCAAGUGUGUCAAGCAAGGAGGAAUUGUUGAUAAAGACCUUCGUCACUACCUCAACUUACGAUUUCAAAAGGGUUCUGUGGACCAUGAGCUUCAGCAAAUCAUUCGUGACAACCUCUACCUCCGCACGGUGCCAUGCACCACAAGGCCACAUAAGGAGGGUGAGGUCCCUGGAGUGGAUUAUAUUUUCAUCACUGUUGAAGAUUUUAUGGAAUUGGAGAAAAGUGGUGCUCUCCUAGAAAGUGGGACUUAUGAAGACAAUUACUACGGUACCCCAAAGCCGCCAGCAGAACCAGCACCAUUAUUGUUAAAUGUAACAGACCAGAUACUUCCAGGAGCCACUCCAAGUGCUGAAGGAAAAAGGAAGAGGAAUAAAUCAGUGAGCAACAUGGAGAAAGCCAGUAUAGAGCCUCCUGAGGAGGAAGAGGAAGAGAGGCCUGUGGUCAAUGGAAAUGGAGUAGUAGUAACACCAGAAUCCAGUGAACAUGAAGACAAGAGUGCAGGUGCCUCAGGGGAGAUGCCCUCCCAGCCUUAUCCUGCACCACUGUACAGUCAGCCUGAGGAGCUGAAGGAGCAGAUGGAUGACACAAAGCCAACUAAACCUGAAGACAAUGAGGAACCAGACCCAUUGCCUGAUAACUGGGAAAUGGCCUAUACAGAGAAGGGUGAAGUCUACUUCAUUGACCAUAACACAAAGACAACAUCAUGGCUGGAUCCACGACUUGCGAAAAAGGCUAAACCUCCAGAAGAGUGCAAAGAAAAUGAGCUUCCAUAUGGCUGGGAAAAAAUCGAUGAUCCCAUUUAUGGCACUUAUUAUGUUGACCACAUAAAUAGAAGAACACAGUUUGAAAAUCCUGUCCUGGAAGCAAAAAGGAAGCUACAGCAACAUAACAUGCCCCACACAGAACUUGGAACAAAGCCCCUGCAGGCCCCAGGUUUCCGAGAAAAACCACUCUUCACCCGGGAUGCAUCCCAGUUGAAGGGAACAUUCCUCAGCACCACCCUAAAAAAGAGCAACAUGGGUUUUGGAUUUACCAUCAUUGGUGGAGACGAGCCGGAUGAGUUUCUGCAGGUGAAAAGUGUGAUUCCGGAUGGGCCCGCAGCACAGGAUGGAAAAAUGGAAACAGGUGAUGUCAUUGUCUAUAUUAAUGAAGUUUGUGUCCUCGGACACACUCAUGCAGAUGUUGUCAAACUUUUCCAGUCUGUUCCUAUUGGUCAGAGUGUCAACCUGGUGUUGUGUCGUGGCUACCCUUUGCCCUUUGAUCCUGAAGACCCUGCUAACAGCAUGGUGCCACCCCUUGCAAUAAUGGAGAGGCCACCUCCAGUGAUGGUCAAUGGAAGACACAACUAUGAAACAUAUUUGGAAUACAUUUCUCGGACCUCACAGUCAGUUCCAGAUAUAACAGAUCGGCCGCCUCAUUCUUUGCACUCCAUUCCAGCUGAUGGUCAGCUAGAUGGCACAUAUCCACCACCCGUCCAUGAUGACAAUGUGUCUAUGGCUUCAUCUGGAGCCACCCAAGCUGAACUUAUGACCUUAACCAUUGUGAAAGGUGCCCAGGGCUUCGGCUUCACUAUUGCCGACAGUCCUACAGGACAGCGAGUGAAACAAAUACUUGACAUUCAGGGAUGCCCUGGCCUGUGUGAAGGUGACCUCAUUGUUGAGAUCAACCAGCAGAAUGUACAGAACCUGAGCCAUACAGAAGUAGUGGAUAUACUUAAGGACUGUCCCAUUGGAAGCGAAACUUCUUUGAUUAUCCAUCGAGGAGGUUUCUUUUCUCCAUGGAAAACUCCAAAGCCUAUAAUGGACCGAUGGGAGAAUCAAGGCAGUCCUCAAACGAGUUUAUCUGCUCCGGCCAUACCGCAGAACCUGCCCUUCCCACCUGCCCUUCACAGGAGCUCCUUUCCUGACUCAACAGAGGCCUUUGACCCACGGAAGCCUGAUCCAUAUGAGCUCUACGAGAAAUCUAGGGCCAUUUAUGAAAGUAGGCAACAAGUGCCACCCAGGACCAGUUUUCGAAUGGAUUCCUCUGGUCCAGAUUAUAAGGAAUUGGAUGUUCACCUUCGGAGGAUGGAGUCUGGAUUUGGCUUCAGAAUCCUCGGGGGAGAUGAGCCUGGACAGCCUAUUUUGAUUGGAGCCGUCAUUGCCAUGGGCUCAGCCGACAGAGAUGGCCGCCUUCACCCAGGAGAUGAGCUUGUGUACGUUGAUGGGAUUCCAGUAGCCGGCAAAACCCACCGCUAUGUCAUUGACCUCAUGCACCAUGCAGCCCGCAAUGGGCAGGUCAACCUCACUGUGAGAAGAAAGGUGCUAUGUGGAGGGGAGCCCUGCCCAGAGAACGGGAGAAGUCCAGGCUCUGUGUCCACCCACCACAGCUCUCCACGCAGUGACUACGCAACCUACACCAACAGCAACCACGCUGCCCCUAGUAGCAACGCCUCUCCCCCUGAAGGCUUCGCCUCCCACAGCCUGCAGACCAGUGAUGUGGUCAUUCACCGCAAAGAGAACGAGGGCUUCGGCUUUGUCAUCAUCAGCUCCCUGAACAGGCCUGAGUCUGGAUCCACUAUAACUGUGCCCCAUAAAAUCGGACGCAUCAUUGAUGGGAGUCCUGCAGAUCGCUGUGCAAAACUAAAAGUGGGAGACCGGAUCCUAGCAGUGAAUGGCCAGUCUAUCAUCAACAUGCCUCACGCUGACAUCGUGAAGCUCAUCAAGGAUGCAGGUCUUAGUGUCACCCUUCGCAUCAUUCCUCAGGAGGAGCUCAACAGCCCCACCUCGGCACCCAGCUCAGAGAAGCAGAGUCCCCUGGCGCAGCAGAGUCCCCUGGCCCAGCAGAGUCCCCUGGCCCAGCCAAGCCCAGCCACCCCCAACAGCCCCGUCGCCCAGCCAGCACCACCUCAACCACUUCAGCUGCAAGGACAUGAAAAUAGUUACAGAUCGGAAGUGAAAGCAAGGCAAGAUGUGAAACCAGACAUCCGACAGCCUCCAUUCACAGACUACAGGCAGCCCCCGCUGGACUACAGGCAACCCCCAGGAGGGGACUACCAGCAGCCCCCUCCUUUGGACUACAGGCAGCCUCCCCUGCUGGACUACAGGCAGCACUCCCCUGACACCAGGCAGUACCCUCUGUCGGACUACAGGCAACCCCAGGAUUUUGAUUAUUUCACUGUGGACAUGGAGAAAGGAGCCAAAGGAUUUGGAUUCAGCAUUCGUGGAGGAAGGGAAUACAAAAUGGAUUUGUAUGUGUUGAGAUUGGCAGAAGACGGACCAGCAAUAAGGAAUGGGAGGAUGAGGGUAGGAGAUCAAAUCAUCGAAAUCAAUGGGGAAAGCACAAGGGACAUGACACAUGCCAGAGCAAUAGAACUCAUCAAAUCUGGAGGAAGACGAGUGAGGCUGCUGCUCAAGAGAGGCACGGGACAGGUCCCAGAAUAUGACGAACCCGCCCCCUGGAGUUCUCCCGCUGCCGCCGCCCCAGGUCUGCCGGAAGUAGGCGUCUCCCUGGACGACGGCCUCGCUCCAUUCUCUCCAUCACAUCCAGCCCCACCCUCCGACCCUUCCCACCAGAUAAGCCCAGGCCCAACUUGGGAUAUCAAACGGGAACACGACGUUAGGAAACCAAAGGAGCUUUCAGCCUGCGGCCAGAAGAAGCAGCGCCUCGGGGAGCAGAGGGAGCGCUCGGCGAGUCCGCAGAGGGCCGCGCGGCCGAGGCUCGAGGAGGCGCCCGGCGGCCAGGGGCGGCCCGAGGCCGGCAGGCCCGCCUCGGAGGCCAGGGCGCCCGGGCUCGCGGCGGCAGACGCGGCGGACGCGGCACGGGCGGGCGGGAAGGAGGCGCCCCGCGCGGCGGCGGGCUCCGAGCUCUCCCGGCGCGAAGGCCCGGGCGCUGCGCCCACGUUCGCCGGCCCGGGCAGCGGCGCGCGGGAGGUCGAGGGCAGGGCGGGUGCGCGCGCGGGUCCCCGGCCGGGCCCGCGACCCCCGGGGGGCGCCCCUGCGCGCAAGGCUGCCGUCGCGCCGGGGCCCUGGAAGGUGCCAGGCUCUGACAAGCUGCCGGGCGUCCUCAAACCCGGCGCCUCGGCCGCCAGCAGAUGAGCCGCGCGGCCAGGCCCCGCCCGCCCCGGCGCAGGCCGUUCUUCUUAGGUUCCGUCUCACGGCGUUUUAAUUUAUUUUCACUGUCACACGCAUAGAUCCACGAGGCGCUAAGGCCUGGGAGCAUCGACGUGAAGUCCCACGUGUCCGGUGUGCUUGGGCGGCAUCGCGUCCACGCGCAGACCUAAACUGAUCCUAAAGCCCCCGGUUCCAUUGUGGGGGCUUUGGCAGCUAUGGAAGAACCAAAAUAACGUGAAGAACAUCACAGAGAGACAGUGCAGUGUAGCUUUAGUUUGAGAAAAAAAAAUAUUCCUCCCCACUGCAUGAAGGAUUUGGAUGUCAUCCAAACUUUAUAUCAAGAAACUGGACAAGUUAAGAGCAAUCACAAACUGGAAUAUCGCCUUAAAAAUCAAACUGCACGGAGCAAGCUGAAACUGAGACAAGAUUAUAUCUUUUAAUUGAUCUAAAGCGUUGUAAAUAAAUUGUUCUCGACAUAUCUAGACAGGGGUUAAAGGGUUUCUUUGACACAUUCGGAACCGUUCACCCAUGACAUGUUUCCAUGGCUCACCCUUGGCAUCCAUCCUCGGUGUUAGCAGCAGCGUUCCCUGCCUCCUGCAGGAUGACUUAGAAAUCUAGUGAGUUUCUUGGUGUGAUGCCAUUUUUAUUGCCAUUUCUGUGAUCGAAUCAUAUCUCUGUACAUUUUCAGUGGUAGAAAAAAGGUUUUAAAAAUUGUAUCCUAGGGAACAGUUUGCCAUAAGUCAGAAUUUUGCAGUUUAGCUCAUAGAUCUUAAUUGGUUUUUCUCUAAAAUAUGAAUGUUAUAAUUGAAGGACCACAAUUUGUUUAAUCAAGAUUGGCAACGCUGCAGUUCCUUUAUGAAGAGGCUUUUCUGUCGUCCCAGGCUAGCAGAGAUGGAUAGCUUCUUUGUCAGCAAUGUGAUUUCAUUUUUGUCUUAUUUUAAACCCUGUCUCAUGACUUCAUUUGCACUUUGACAGAGCAGAGGCAGAGUAUUUGUCUUAUAUUUCUCAGACUAUAAUGAAUCUCUAAUGUUAAAAAAUUAUAACCAAUUUAUUUUCAUUAAAGAACGUGAGUCUUUUUAGCAUUCCUUUCUGCUUAUCCUUCUUACUCUUUCUUCCUUUUGUUUCCAUUGGUUUUCUUUCGUCUUGUAUUCUUUGCAAGUGUUUUAUUUUGUUAGCGACUUCUAGAUGUUUAUCUUCAUGGAUCUAUGAUUGGCCUCCUAGUAAAAUUCUAAGCCUUGCCUUUCCUGCUGUUUUAGCAUUUCUUUGUAAAAUGUUAGCUUCCAUUAAUUAUCUAUUGGUACUUACUGUAGCUACACAUAUUAAAAGGCAAAGUGUUUCUGAAGGCAAUUUCUUUUUAAUAUGCCCUGAAUGAAUGAGGCUUCAUCCUUUCCAUAUUCUAACUCUUUAUAGGCGUUCAAAUGCAAAUAAGCUUCACCUCCCUGCACUUGCAGUCUAAAAAGUAAAAGGGGCGAUCAGGUUCAUCUCAAAGGUCACAGGUAAUAGCCUUCCUGGGCUGAUCGUUCCCUCUCCUUGUAACUGCAGCAUCCUGAGUAGCAGUUUAAUUUUCAUCAGACAUGGGAGUAGUUUAGUUGUUUGACAGGAGGAGAAUAAGGUUGAAAGCCUCAAGUGAAGGAUCUUGCAGCUUGUAAAAGCAAUUUCCAAAAAUGAAACCCAUUCAUCAUAAACAAAAGCACAAACACAUGUAGCAGUUUAUAAUGCUUUUGGUUUAAUCUCAAUUAGUCUUUCUCCCCUGGACUAGAAAUCCAGUAUAGUUUGCCAUUAAUUUAUUGAAUCUGGUUUUGGACAAUGCUUCUGUAGUGUAGCUGCACGUCCUGGUACUGUAUCCUCCGACCUUUAUUUUCCAUGUAUCACAAAAGGAAAAAAAAAUUGAGAUUACACUGGCAUAAACUCUAAUUUGCACAGUUCACAGCUACUACUUGUGCAGUAAUUGCUUUAUGCGGCUGUAAUCCAUAACCUGUGAAGACAGCACAUCAUCUAAAUCCCAUUCCAAAUAAUAUUUCUGUGUAGUGUUAGCUGUGAAUUUACCCUGUACAGCUGUAUCUCUAUAAAUAUAAUUCCAUGUAUUAAUAGUCACAGAAAGACUGUAAGUGAGCAACUAUUUUUAUGAAACGCACCACUAUGGAUAAAUUAACUUUUACAGAAAUCUUGUUUACUGUAUGAUAUUCUAAAACACUGUCAAAUAAAAUAUAUAUCCAAAAAU